ACGCGAUGAACGCUCAUCGCCUUGGAGACACAUGGUGAGUCCAAGCAGAAGAAAAGGGUUUCUAUCCUGGUGCCGAUUUAAACAAAGUGGUUUGUUUUCAUCACCCUAGCUAGCAGCUUAGCUAGCUAAUCUUAUAUUAUCAUUUAUAUAACUACUAAUAGUUAUAAUAACACCAUGGAUACGAAAGUUCUUUCCUCUGGAAUCAAGUACUUAACCCUCCCGGAAAGUUACAUCAGGCCGGAAUCUGAACGUCCUCGGUUAUCAGAAGUUUUAGCAUGCGAGGACGUUCCGGUUAUCGACUUGGGUUGUGAGGAUAGAGCCCAAAUUGUGCAGCAAAUCGGUGAUGCCUGUGCUAACUUCGGGUUUUUCCAGGUGAUAAAUCAUGGAGUAUCGCUGGAGGGUGUGGAGAAAAUGAUAGGAGUGGCCAGUGAUUUCUUCAGGUUGCCUGUGGAGGAGAAGCUGAAGGUUUAUUCUGAUGACCCAUCAAAGACAAUGAGACUUUCUACAAGUUUUAAUUUGCAUAAGGAGAAGGUUCAUAACUGGAGGGAUUAUCUCAGGCUCCAUUGCUAUCCUCUUGACCAGUAUGUGCCUGAGUGGCCUUCAAAUCCUCCUCCAUUCAAGGAGGCUGUGAGUAAUUACUGUGCAGAAGUUCGAGAACUUGGGUUUCGCUUACAAGAAUUGAUUUCAGAGAGCUUAGGGCUUGAAAAAAAUUACAUAAAGAAGGCAUUGGGUGAACAAGGACAACACAUGGCCGUGAACUAUUACCCACCAUGUCCAGAGCCAGAAUUGACCUAUGGAUUACCAGGACAUACGGACCCUAAUGCCCUUACAAUUUUGCUUCAAGACUCUCAAGUUGCUGGCCUUCAAGUUCUUAGAAAUGGAAAAUGGCUUGCUGUUGAUCCUCAUCCAAAUGCUUUUGUCAUUAACAUUGGCGAUCAAUUACAGGCCCUGAGUAAUGGGAGGUAUAAAAGUGUAUGGCAUAGAGCCGUUGUUAAUGCUGAAAAAGCUAGAAUGUCAGUUGCUUCCUUCCUGUGCCCGAAUGAUGAUGCUUUAAUUAGCCCUGCAACACAAGAUGAAGUUGGACCCAUUUAUAGGGAUUUCACUUAUGGUGAAUAUUAUAAGAAGUUUUGGAGCAGGAACUUGGAUCAAGAACAUUGUUUGGAACUUUUCAAGAAUUAAUAAUAACCUACCUUAUCCUUGUUAUCUACUUCUGCAAAUUCCCUAUUAAUAAGAACAGUAGACAUAGGAUGGAAGGGGUAUUGAAGUCAUCUUAAAGGUCUCGAGUUUGAGUGAAAUCAUGCACUUAUAAAGGAUUUGUCCAUUUCUUAAUAUAUUGUUAUCAACAUUAGCUUAAUUGUUGAACAUUUGAAUUAUCUUUCGUGAUUGUUAGACUAUUGGCUCUACCUAAUAGAUUCAUGAGACUAUAUAUUUAUGUUGAUUUAA